UUUAGUUCCUCUAUCUACGUAUAUAUAUUUUUUUUCCGUCAAUACCACUCGCGUUUUCAACUAGAUUAGUGGAGUAUUUCUUCAGUACGCAGCUCCGUAAUGUCAUUUUAGGUUGUUAUUUGCUCGUUAGCGUUAGCGUUUAGCUACUCCGUAUGUAAACGGUGCGAUGACGACGACCGAAGGUUCCGGCAGACGCACGGAAACAAACAAACCGGAGCACAAGCUAAAAGAAGUGGGUUUGCUGGUUUACUGCAGUUUCACUGAGGUUUCUGUCUCCUAUGGAGUCACUCAACACUUUUGAAUCAGAGAUGGAGGCUGAUGGACAGGGGAACUACUCUCUCUUUCCUGCCCUGGACAGCAUUGCAAGUCUGUCUGGGACCACUGAGACCCUGGAGAGCGAACCACCAAGUGAAAUUGCAGAGAAGCCAAACCUCACAUGGCUUGAUGCUGCACAGAUUGUCUUGGAAGAAGCUGGACGUCCCAUGCACAUAAAGGAGAUUAAACAGAGAAUCAUCGACAGGGGGCUUGUUCAAUCCAAUGCAAAGUCAAGCCUGGAGGCUGUCAUGUACCGUGAGACACAAAAAGGCAGCAGGAGAUUCAAGAGGAUUGAGAACAGAAACGGAGUCUUUGCACUGCUGACUGAUGAGGAGAGGCAGCAGGCCCUGCAGGCCUUCACUGCACAGUCUUUCCUCGGCUCUCCACAGCAGAAUACCAUCUCCAGUUCGGGCUCAGGAGCCUCGGUGCCCGUCUUUCCAUCCCCCACCAGUUCCUCAGAGCAUCAGACCAAGAUGAAGAGAGGUCCACGAAAAAACCAUAAUGAAAAGUACAGACUCAAGUACCUUAGACUGCGUAAAGCUGCCCGCGCCAUGAUAUUUGAGAAUGCGGCUCUCUGUGAUGAAGUUGCCCACUUAGAGGAGAAGUUUCUGAGGGCAAAGGAGGAGCGGAGGUUUUUACUGAAGUCGUUGUUGCAGUACCAGUCUUUGUCAGAAGGAGAGCUACUGCCAACACCAAACUCAAGCUCUCAUCCCCCUGUGCCGCCUGCAGCAUUAACCUCAGGUCCUGCAGGGGCUUCAGGCCUGUCUGGGGGGCAUAACCUGACAUCAGUGGUGUCAACAGGGGAAGAGGGACCUCUUAAAAAACCCAAGAAGGAAAGGAAAGAGCGAGGCAGAGAAAAUGGAAAGGAGGAAUUUCCGAAGAAGAUGACCAAGAAGAGAAAGCUUGCAGACGGGUCUCGGAAACUGGUGCAGCCCAUUCCUUUGGACUCAUCUGGUCGUCCUGUCUUUCCCAUCGUACUGGGAGGUUUAACAGUCUACAGCCUGGGAGAGAUCAUCACAGACAGAAUGUUGUUCCAUGAUGAGUGUGCCAUCUACCCAGUGGGCUUCUGCAGCACUCGAGUCUUUGCCAGUAUGAAAAACCCUGACCAGCAGUGCCUCUACACCUGCCAAAUCAAGGAUGGGGGAGCAGGUCCACAGUUUGAGAUUGUGCCUGAAGAAGAUCCUCAGAAUGCCAUCGUAGCCUCUUCGGCCCUGACAUGCCACUCCAAUCUUCUGAAGGCCAUCGCGUCUGUCAGUUCCAAGGCUGUGGCACCCAUCGUGCCAUCAGGAGCUGACUUCUUUGGCUUCUCACAUCCCACCAUCCAGAAUCUCAUCCAGAGUUGUCCUGGAGCACGCAAAUGUAGCAACUACCGCUGGAUACGUUUUGAGGUGUGUCGCCCUGGUGACGGCCAGGUUCCUCACAGCCUGUCAGAGGACGAUGCUUCAGUCAACUUUGAGGCCUACCAGAGACACCAGGGCUUUGAUGAGAACAUCAAGACAGAGCACAUAACAGGACAGGCACCACAGUCUCCUAGCUCCUCUCAUCAGCACCACCUGACCUCCUCCAACAUGAAGCCCUCUACCUCGUAUUUCAGCUCCUGAUUCUGAAAGCCUGACAUCACACAAUCCUCGUGACCUUUGAUUCUUACUUGCAAACAUCACUUAUCAACAAUGUUUUCUUUUAUACUCCUUCCUGAGUUAGUGAUUCAGUAAACAGAGGCAUACAGUAACUCAAACGAUGCUAUUUAUUGUAUGUCAUAAUCUUGUAAGUCUCAAUCAGUGUUGGGGAUGUGUGCCAGCAUGCUAAUAUACUGGAUGUUGCUGGUGAGUUAGCUUUGCACUUAGGUGCCAAUAGUAACCAUAAACCCAACACCUCUGUACUGACAUAUGAAUUUUUGUGUGGAUAAAAUGUGCUGAAUUUUAGAAACUGAGCCACAGUUGAAGUAAAGUAGUUUACUAAAAAGGUUUAUUCUUUCCCAUACACCAUCACUUUGGUACAUGGCACACUGUUGCAUUGGUAUGAACUGUUAGAGCUGCAACUUAAAGUAUGAUACCAACACAUUACAGAUUGUUUCCCCCAAUUCAAACAACAGACCACGUUUGAUAAAUCAAUGAUUUUAUUGUGAAUCCAUCCAUUUUACUCUUAAGUAAAAGCAUCAGGUUUGAAAGUAACACAACACCCACCAAAA